CAGAAGGCGUCCCUCACAGACCAGAAAAGCAAGAGUCAUUUUGAUCACUCGACUUGUUGUGACGUCUGUGCGCUGGCGCCGAGCUCGCCCUCUUCUUCAUCCUCUUCGUUCUCCUCCUCGCCCAGGCCGAGAAUGUCCCGCGCAAAGUCGUGGGGGUUGGACACAUCGGCAAACACACUGUGCACAGAAGAGUCGCCAACCAACGCCUGAAAGAACAGGGUGUACAUGCACAUGGAACAUGUCUCUCUAUGCCGCGUUCGCACCUGCAGGCAGUCCUCGAGCCCCUCAAGUGUCAUUCGCUCCCCAAACUGAUCCAUUGCACGCAUACAGAAGGAUCCGUGAGAAAUGACGGAUGGUGAGGGCCUUGCUGACCUUGACGAGUAUCUGCACGAGUCGGUCUUUGUUGACGGGCUGGCCGUCCGUCUUGAGCGCAUUGAAAGCCGAUGCUACCUGAUCAGUCGUCACCGCAAACACCGGCCUGCAUCAACAAGCACAGCAGGGGAUGGAAUGACUGGGCCUGUGUGUUGGUGUCUCCUCGCUGACACUCACCUAUGGUUGACGUAGAGCUUGAAGAAAUCGUCGAACACAAUCCUGUCGACGUAGUCGCCUGCACCCAAGAGGCUCAGACAGCAGAACCCCUCCGUAUUCACGUGUGAUUACGGGCUGACCUGUCUCAGCGAAUUUGGAGUAUUUGACUUCAUUGAUCAUGUUCUGGAUCUCCAGCUGAGUGGGGAAGUACCCGAGGGCACACAUCAAGUGCGGAAUCUCCUGCAGUCACAAAUACAGAUAUGGAGGAAGAGAAAGGCUUCCGUGUCUCUCGCCUCUUCACCUCCACAGGGAUGGUGCCAUCGAGGCUGCGUGCUCGAGUGGUGUUUUCGUCCUGUGACCGGAUCUGUGAGUAGUAGAAGUAGUCCUUCAUGUCUGAAUAGAACUCGCCCUGCUCGCCCCCCUCUAUCAGCUUCAAGAAAGGCUCGAUGCCGUUGCCCCCUACCCGCAGAAUGAAUACGUCUCAGCAAAGGCUACGUGGGCACGACAGGUGUUACCGAAUACGGAUGCCGCGGCGACGGGGCUGGGGUCCAUCUUCCAUUGGUUGAUGGUGAGGUCAGUGCCGCCACACGUGAAUGCGUGUUUGCCCUCGAAGUCGACGGCGAUGGCCGCGAUGUGGCCCGGCUGGGCUAUCAGACCCAUGCACUUGUUUGGGUUACUGACACACAGCAGGCAGCAUAUAUACAAGUCGAGUGGAUGAUGGGCCAAGGGUCUCUCUCACCCAUCAAGCGGCAGCUGCACCAAGCCCAGGACCUUCUCGUACGUCGAAUACAGCAUGAACUGCCUAUCGGGGAGAAAGGCCUGACUUUGACAGAUGUGCUAGCAGGUCAAGAUCUUGUUGUGGCUUACUCGGGCCCUUCCUUGUCUUUGUACACGGGAAUCAUCUGACACACAGGGCCACCGUAUGUGGGCGCCAGCGCUGUCUGCAAGCCAAGUCCAACACACACAAGACGCACAUGACAUGAUGCCCGGCAAAGGCUGCCUCCGAUGUCCUGCCAGCCACCUUUCUGCAUGUCUUGUGUGUGGCGUUCCAGACUUUGAAUUUGUACUCGUCGUUGAGUGUCAGCACAUUGGCAUUGUCGACCUUGCUGCCGUACGGGUACCACACGCAGCCGGUUGGCCUUGCCUCCUGCUCCACCUGUGUCACCAUGGCGAUCUGCAGCCCCGUCCACUCAGUGGAACUCUUGACAUUGUACUCGACCAGACGGCGGUCCUCGCCUAUAGAAAAUAACCUGCAUAGAGAGAGACACGAGAGACACGCCGUAGAUGUGCGCGUGUGAUGCAUCUGAUGUACCUGUGUUUGUCGCUUUCUGGUCCUGAGAAAGAGAGGCCGACAAUGGGACGCCAAUGCGACCGGUGCUUGCCUGCGCAGAGGAGGGAUAAGGAAAGGCAGGACAUACGGACGAUACGAUGUCCUCUCAUCUCACCCGAGAACAUCCACUCGAGUGGGUAGUUGCGAUCAUUGUGCCGAUGACCGUGCCUGAAUACACAUCAGCAAUACGGCCGUGAGGCAGUGCAGUCAGGUGUGCCAUUCACCUGUAUAGACACACACAUCUGUCGUGAUGGGACACGGCAAGGUGAGUCGAAUCGGGGCUAAACGCCAGCUGACCGGACACACAUAUACAAGGGCGCCAUCAGUGUACGCUGUCAUGUUUCCUGCGUCUUGUCAGCCCGCAUGCAUACGUGUGUGGCACAUUCCUUAGAGUCUCGGACCGACACUGACUCUGACAGGUCAUCCGACUUCAGAAUCUUCACGGUACCGUUCGUGAAACCUGCACAGCAAACAAGGUGUCAUCGACCCGCGGCGCAUAUCAACUGGGCAGACCAACUGGGCAGCUCACCAACGGCGAGCAGCUUUCCAUUUGGUGAGAACUCCAGUGUGUGCGGCACCAGCUUCUCGAAUAUCUUGACCAGAUGCAGCGACCGAGACUGGUAGUUCCACAGGUGGACAAAACCUUCGACCAGCCACACAGCACCCCAGGUGGUGUCAUCGAAAUGCCAGGGCUUUUUCCUUCACACCACACCCGAGUAUCCGCAGACAGCAAGGAGGGGCAGGGCGGGAUGACAGGAGAGGCCAAACACGGGCGAGUCCAGACCCUGCAGAACCAGACGACCUCUGAGAAAGGAGGGAUGAGUGGCCGGCGACAGUCGGACAUGGAGCCAACAGAUGCCUGGCUCACCUUCUAUCAUCUGCGGAGAGCUCGUAGAACAGGUGAGAGUCCACCUGAUGGUCGGACAAGACAGAAGCAACCACUCCGUACCAGCCAAGCGUGUCUCCGUUACUGUCUACCAGCACGACAAGAGCUGAUGCAGUCGACACCAGAAAGGACGCACAGCGGAACUCCUCAUCCUUUGAACCAGUGUCUACAUUUGUACACAGCCAACUACACAAUGCAGCGAGCUCGACACUCCAUGCUUCCUUACCUUCUUCCUCCGCUGCUUCGAAGGACAGGGCCUUCACCGACCCCUGAAUUGCACAUCAUAGCGUUUUGCACCAUCGGCGAAUCCCAACUUUUUAGUGUGCGAGUCUACCGCCGAAAGGUCUUCAAACCAGGCCUGGAUACGGAACUGGUAGUCGUAAAACCUUCAACCACACAUGUCAAAUUCAUAAAGGAAGAGCUGAUGCGAUCGUGUCGUACCUGACGGCGCCAUCUGCGGCUCCGAUGACAACGAAAGGUGUGUGGACGAGCAGCACAUUGAGGGCCACAUCGGGGCACAGCUUGACUAUCUUGACCGCUCGCCGCUCGUCGGGACGACUCAACCUGAACGCGUAAUGCAGCACUGCACUGCAGUUGUCCUAUGUCGCCCAUGUGUGUGAUGAUCACCCGUCGACAAUCAGGCUGAGGUCCCAGAUGACCACAUCGCCGUCAUAAGUACCUGCAGACGGUAUUCAAGAAGGGCGGACGGAUGCACAGAAAAGGCGAAUUGCCCACCGGUGGCAGCCUGGGUGGAGUUGGGGAGAAAGAUGGUCUGCGUGUAGUCAGCCACUCUUUGCUUGAAGUCCCCGGCCGACAGAGCGGGCGAGUAGAACUGGAAUGGCUGCCCCGCGUCCCAAGUCCAGAAGAACACUCUCCUGCGACCGUUGGUGGCCAGCUCGUGGAUGUCCCAAGCAUUGAAGAGUAUGCACGUCUGUAUGUCCUGCGUGCCGAUCACCGCACUGCACAAGGGAGCCGAGCUGCGAAAGCACGGGAAGGGAAGUGGCAUAUGGGCACCCCGAUGGUCGUGUCUCUGUCUUGAUGGGUACGGACCUUCCAGAUGACCAGUCCCAGACAGCGAUGCUUUGGCACUCAGGGUUGCCGUCGGCUGAUGUCGAAGCAGGGCCCGGCAGCGCAGCCAUCGACUUCUUGGUACUCCCUUCCUCCGUCUGCGACUUCUGACAUGGAGAGAGGCCAGAACCCUACAAAGAGAGAAAGCCUGUGUGUCCAGGAGCAAUGCUCACCUCUGGCGAUGCCGUCGGUCCCUUGGUUGUGGAUCCUCCGGCCGGUGCCGGCACCGGGGCCGACAGCGUCACUAUGAACUUGGAAUCGGGGGUAAUGUCUAGCGCUAUCGCGCCUGCAGUCGUCGCGUCCAAUCACAUCAGUGACGUGUGGGCCAUUCCGUAUGUGUUCUGCACUGACCGUUGGGAUGUGGGUCGAGUAUGGUUUUCAUCGGCGUAGCUGAUACGCGAUCCCACACGACGAGCAGGCUAUCGCUGCCCGCGUCCGCUGUGAUGAGCCACUUGCGGUCACGAGAGACGGCCGUGGCCAUGAUGGGGUUCACCUGACACACAUGACACCAACAGACAAGACAUAUGUGUGAAGGUUUACAAGCAAUGGACAUGUGUGUGCACUGCCUACGUGUCCCUGUAAGAGGCGCUGCUCUCCUGUGUUGUAGUUGAAGAUAACACCGGUGUGUGCUGCCGCAUAAAACAUUUCCUGAACCACGCGAUGGCCAAGCCAUUCCCGAGGUGUCUUUGCAAUGAGGGCCCUGAUACCGUGGCGUCCAUCUUGGGAUCUGUGAGGUUGUGCACACCGCCGAUGAUGUCCUUGUUCAGCCCGAGGCUCCAGUGCAGAGACUGACAGACAAACACAGAUAGAUAGACAGACGGACAGACAUAUGCAGAACAGAGAGAAGUUGUGCCCUACCAGCGCCACAGAGUCAGCUACCGAUGGCCCCAGCUCAUCCGCUCCCCUCUCAGGGUCACGGGUAAAUGCCUCGGGCUGAGGAUCCAUCGCAGACCACGCUCAGAGUUGUCAGGCCGUCUGAGAAAACGUCAGCGAAGUCUGAGGUUGCAGGGGCAGCUCAAAGCGGGUCUGCACACAGACGGGAACACUCAGUUUGGCAGCGCCUUUAGGAGCUGCGAGCUCGUGGAUGGGGGCGGCCCACAGAGACUGCGAUCCGGACUCGGAGAAGCUGACUGACAGCGUCAGAUUGAGGGUGCCACGUGCCAU